AUGUCGUCCGCUGGGCCAACAUUGCCUCCACACUUGAGGAACAGCCAAGACGAGACUGACUCGGAUUCGGAUAAUGAACUUGUUGGUCCAGCUCUGCCUCCUGGGUACAAACGAGGGUCUUCAGACGACAGUGAAGAAGAGGUGUCUCCAAAAAGAGCCAAAACAAGCCACGCCACUGGAAAUCAACAAGAAAAUGCAGUAACUGAAGAAGAAGAUGAUGAUGAUGGAUUCUUUGGACCAGCUCUACCUCCAGGAUUCAAGAAGCAAGAGAGCUCUCCUGACCCGACCCCUGCAAUAGGACCAGCAUUACCACCUGGAUUUCGGAAACCGUCCUAUGAUGAUGAGGAGGAGGAGGAUGACAGUGAAGAUGAAGAAGAUUUCUCAGGCCCAGCACUGCCCCCUGGAUACCAGCACCAGGCAUCCAGCAGUGAAGAUGAAGAUGAGGAUGUCAUUGGACCCAUGCCAUCGAAAGGGCCCACUGAAGACUCAGUGGCUCUGGAUAUUGAGCGGCGGGCUCAAAGAAUGAAAGAUAAGCUCUCAGGCAAAGAUGCCCCAGUUGCACCCGCACGGGAAUCGUGGAUGACUGAGCUCCCACCUGAACUCCAACACAUUGGUCUUGGUGCUCGAACGUUCAAAAAGAAAUCUGGUCCUGAAAAAGAAAAGGGAGAGGUGGAUUUAACUGGUGCGAAGCAAAACACUGGCGUAUGGCUCGUAAAGGUUCCCAAAUAUUUGUCCCAACAAUGGGCAAAAGCACCUGGCAGGGGAGAAGUUGGGAAGAUCCGGAUUUGCAAGAAAGGGAACUUGGGGAAGCCUGAGGUGACUUUCACUUUAAAUGAAGAGUUGACUAUAAUUGAAGGAAUAAACACAGUGGCAGCACCUCGAGAGCAUCCAUUCACAAUGCAGAGUGUAGGAGGUCAGACACUAGCAGUCUUCACAGAAAUGGCAUCAGGCCAGUCAGAGGAGAGAUCUGAUGGCAGCAGCCUAGGUUCGAGUGCAGGACCAGAUAAAAUAGCCUUGGAGGGGAUGGUGGUUCAGAGAGCGGAAUGCCGACCAGCUGUGAGUGAAAGUUACAUGAAGUUGAAAAGGUUGCAGAUAGAGGAAUCAUCAAAACCAGCCAGAUUAUCACAGCAACUCGAUAAAGCAGUCACAAGCAACUACAAGCCUCUCGAGUACGAGAGGCGAAAGAAAGAGGAAGGGAAGAGAGCAAGGGCAGACAAACAGCAGGUGUUGGAUAUGUUGUUUUCUGCCUUUGAGAAGCAUCAGUAUUACAACAUCAAAGAUCUAGUGGACAUCACCAAGCAGCCAGUGAUUUACUUGAAGGAAAUAUUGCGCGACAUUGGCAUUUACAACGUGAAGGGAACUCACAAGAACACAUGGGAGCUUAAGCCCGAGUAUCGACACUACCAGGGAGAAGAAAAGACAGAGGAUGAAUAG